ACAUGUCCGAGUGCGAAGGUGACACUCGUGCAAAUCUCAAGAAAAACAGAUGAAUUCAAUUCCAAAGAUAAGUGAGAAUUGUUUGUUCGGAAUGUUGACUCCAGCAGACUCGACGCUCGCUUGAUAAGUCGAGUAGCAGCAGAGUGCGCGCAGCCGCCAGCGCCGCCAGUGCCGCCCGACCAGUGCCCGCUGUCAGUUCAUGAACCACUACACACUACGUACUAAAACUGAAUGAUGAAUGUGGACGACGGACUCCCGCUGACGACGAGCGAUAAACAGAACCGCACUUGGCGUCGGCUUGUGAAGAAGAGACUGCCGAUCUUGGAGUGGGCUCCACAGUACGACCGCCUGACGGCCGUGGCGGACUUGGUGGCCGGGGUCACGCUGGGCCUUACCCUGGUGCCGCAGAGCAUUGCAUACGCAUCCCUCGCUAACUUACCUGUUCAAUAUGGAUUGUAUUCUUCUUUUAUCGGUACAAUGCUGUACGUCAUCCUGGGUACAGUCAAAGAGGUGUCGAUAGGUCCGACGAGCUUGAUGGCGCUGUUCACCCUUCAGAUCUGCCGAGAGCUGCCCAUUGAAUUCGUGGUACUACUCACGUUCCUUUCCGGAUGUAUCGUCUUUGUUAUGGGACUUUUGAGAUUGGGUUUCCUAGUAGAUUUAAUAUCACCUUCAGUGACGAGCGGCUUCACGUCAGCGACCGCAAUCAUCAUCGUCGCCGGACAAGUGAAGGGGCUGAUAGGACUGAGCUUCGUCGCGGAGUCGGUGGCGGACAACGUGUACUUCGUGGUCAGCAAGUGGAGGGACAUAAGGCUGGCUGACUGUGCACUUGGGGCCGUCUGCUGCACCGUUCUACUUCUCUUGAGGAAAUUGAAAGACGUGCAAGUGAGCCCCAAACAGACCAAGUUGAAGAAGGCUCUGUGGCUGGUGUCGAUCAGCCGGAACGCCAUCGUCGUGCUCGCGGCUUCUGUCUUCGCUUUCUACACACACAAUCCUCAGAAACCAAUGUUCAAGUUGUCAGGUCUAGUGGAGCCGGGCCUGCCCCCACUCUCGCUGCCGCCGUUCAGCGCCUCCCUGCACAACAGCACGCUGCGGCUGCAGGACAUGGUGCUCCACCUCGGCAGCGGCGUUCUCAUGCUCCCGAUAGUCAUGGUGCUUGCCAAUAUUGCCAUCGCAAAGGCUUUUUCUGUUGGUGAGAAGCUGGACAUAACUCAGGAGAUGAUGACCCUGGGCCUGUGCAACAUCGCCGGCUCGUUCGUCCACGCCAUGCCGACGUGCGGCGCCUUCACCCGCUCCGCCGUGUCGCACUCCAGCGGCGUGCGCACCCCCGCCGCCGGACUCUACUCCGGUAUAAUAACGCUGCUGGCGCUGCUGUUCCUGACACAAUACUUCUACUUUAUCCCAAAGGCGUGUUUGUCGUCGGUCCUCAUCUGCGCGGUCAUAUUCAUGAUAGAUAUUGAAACAGUUCUCCGGCUGUGGCGACGGGACCGCAUGGAGCUCUCCGUGCUGGCGCUCACCUUCGUGACCAGCAUCGCGCUGAACGUGGAGCUGGCGGUGCUGGCCGGCAUCCUGGCGAGCCUGGCGCUGCUGGUGCGGCGCCUCAUGCGGCCCGCCCUGCACGCGGCGGCCGUCAAGACGGGGUCGGGGGAGGUGUGCGUGGUGCGCGUGACGCAGGGCGCCGUGUACCUGAGCGCGGAGCUGGUGGGGCGGCGCCUGCAGUGGGCGGCCGCGCGCUCCGCCCCCCGCGCGCUGCUCGUGGACUGCACCCGCCUCACGCUGCUCGACUACACCGCGCAGCAGGUUUUUGAAAGAGUUAUUAAAAAAAUCAAGAAUGACAAUCAGAAGAUACUAUUUUAUAAUGUUCCCGUAGAAUUGAUGAGUCAAAUGGAAAACAUAGAAGGAGUUAUAAAACAGUCAUUCAGAGCGACCUCAGUGCAAGAAGCACUCGCUGUCAUCGAGGAAAAAGCUGUUGAAGCCAACGAAUCCACCGCGCUGAUGGCGACAGAACCAGGCAGCCGCGAUAACGUGGAGCUAUAUAAUCCUGUAGUUCAAACAAACUUUACUAAAUAAAAUUCAUUAGUUUUAAUUAAUAAUAGAAAAAUCGAAACUUCCAACUUUGUUAUAGAUUUAGUUUAAGAAUCUUUAUAUCGAGGGGUGAUAGGAUAUUUUGUUUAAGCGAUAUUUUUGCAACUUUACCGGAGAGCCAUUUAAAUAUAAAAAUUUAGAAAAUAUAACAAAAAAACAGUUCUUCAGCUAGUAUUUGAAUGGAGUAAACGUAAUUGAAGUUCAAUUAAAAAACAUCGCACUGCUGAUUCUGACACCAAAUAAACGUACCUUUAAAUACAAAGAUAAAUAUUAAGCGAAAUGUCGCUUAAACCAAAUAGCCUUUCACCCCUCGAUAUGGUUUUAAAUCUGUUACAGAAAUGUUUAUAAUGUAAAUGAUAGUAUUAGUAAGCUAAUUUAUGUAAUAAAUUUACGUGUUUAGAUUUUGGUAAUUGUUAAAGUUGUUGAAAAUAA